AUGAAAGCAGUAGUAUUUUCAGGAGAUAAGCAAUCACCUACUGACGUUAAAGAUUCAUUACCCAUCCCCACAAUAUCUGCCGAUGAAAUAUUGAUCAAAGCCAAAGCAUUUGCUAUUAAUCCUACGGAUUGGAAGUCAGUCGACAGUGGAAAUUGUUCCGCUGGUGAUAUAUUAGGAUGUGAUGUUAGUGGAGUGGUCGUUGAAGUUGGGGAAAAUGUACCACACUUUCAAAAAGGUGAUUUUGUGGGUGCAUUUGUUGUUGGUAACGUAUCACUGACCAAUGGUGCCUUUGCCGAAUUUGUCGUUGCUAAUCCAUUUGGAUGUAUCAAGUAUGAUCAAUUGGAAGAUAAGGUGGUGGAGAACUCGAGUCCAAUUACAACUUUCCUUGGUGCUGCAAGUGCAACGUUGGGAUUGGUGACUAUUGGCGAUUCAUUUUCUUAUCAAUUGAGAAUAGGUGAAAGAUAUAGUGAAGGAGAUUAUAUCUUGAUAUGGGGAGGUGCUACUGCAACGGGAGUGUUGGCUAUCCAAUUGGCAAAGCUGAUUUAUGGUUUGAAUGUGAUAACUACUGCCUCAGCCAAGAACCACGAAUAUCUCAAAACAAUAGGAGCCGAUUACGUUUUCGAUUACCAUGAUGAUAAAGUUGUUGGUCAAAUUAGAGAAAUCGGAAGAGGGCUAAUCAAAUUUGCAUUGGACACAAUUGCCAAACCAGAUACAUUCCAAAAGGUUUAUGAUUCAACCAGUGAAGUUUCUGGUGAUGUAUACCUUGAUUCAUUGUUAUUUCUUGAUGGAAAUUCAAUCAAAUUGAAUGAAAACAGGGAUAAUUCUAAAAUACAUUUUGGUAAAACAUUGGCCUAUUUAGCAAUUACUGAAUCUAAGAAAAUAGGUAGUUCUAUAUUGAAACGGCCUAAAGAUAUGUUGAAAUAUUAUGAACCUUGGUGGUUUGAUAUUUUACCAAAGAAUAUUGGACUGAUAAAGCAUACUAAUUUAAAAGUGUUAUCAAACGGCUUGAACAGUGUCGAUGAAGGGUUUAAAUUGUCUAAAGAGGGGGUAUCUAGUGAGAAGGUAGUAUUUAGUAUUUAG